CAUCCUCCGACGCUCCUUCAAGCAUAUAUACCGAAUUGCCUUUGAAGAUCCCUAUCUCCUCUCCAGCUCUUCUUUCUGGCUCCAACUGAGAUCACGCCCAGCCUUUCUCGACACAGACUGGCAGAGGCACGAAACUGGACUUUUCGUCUGGUCCAGCAAGAAGAGCUAUGGAUGGAACAAGCCCGCCAAUAAGUCCCUGGUUUAACAGGGAUGCUUUUAACGACGUUUUAAAGCGAAAUAAGCCUGUGGUGUGCGCUCUCUCAGCUAGCUACAUUUCGACCUUUGUUGGAUAUCCAUUGGAUUCUUUGAAGUCGAGACUACAGACCACCAAGACAAGGAUGCCAGUGCUCACGCUUGCUGGUAUCGUCUAUCGGGAAGAAGGAGUGACCGGCUUCUAUAGAGGUCUCUGGAUACCGCUUGUCACGAUUUCUUUCGUCCGUGCUGCUUCAUUUACAAUAUACAGUAGUACAAAAGAAUACUGUCGUAAAAACAGCUAUUUUACAGGUGAUAGAGCAUCUGAUGCUGCUCUCGCUGGCGGUCUCAGUGGUGCCUUGUCUGGAUCAUUGAUUUCAUUUACUAGUGCACCCUUCGAACUUGUCAAGGUUCGAAGGCAAUUGGAAUACAGCAUAGCCGCAACUAAAGGCGUACAAAUGGUUAAACCCCCAAAUACCAUCGACGCUGUCCGAGAAAUUUUUCGAACUCACGGGCUGUCUGGGCCCUGGAUAGGGUUCCGUCUCCACUUUGUGCGAGAUACAGCCGGCACUGCAUUAUACUUUUUCGAAUAUGAUGCUAUGCGACAUCUAUUGGGCCGCCAGCGCUCGGGAGAGCAGGGACCAACACCAGCAUGGUUGCCAAUACCCACAUCCUUGAUUCCCUUUGUCUGUGGUUCGCUGGCCGGCGUGUCUUCAUGGGCAUUGAUAUAUCCCCUUGAUGUAGUAAAGACCAAAGUUCAGCAACGUGCUUUAGCUGGCACUCCUCCGAAAGGAGUAUGGGAAACCCUCCGUCGCCUCGUGCGCGGUCCGGAUCCCAAAGAUCCAAAGCCAGUCCUUGCUGGCAUAGCACGUAUAUAUCGCGGUCUCGGCGUCAGUGCAGUGCGGAGCAUCACGACGCACGGGCUCCUCUGGACAAUCUUCGAUAUUACGUCGCAUUAUAUCGAUCAUCUACCCUGACUUUCAAAGCGCAACUGAUGGGGUUCUACCUUGCAUCUCACUUGCAGACAAGGCAUGUAUUAUAGCAUCUGGGUUAGGAUUGCCUAGUCUAUUCACUAUAAUCCAUAUCAUCUGAGAUACUUAUCAGUCAAUAUAUGUCAUGUGAAGUUGCAUGGCAGACUCUCUGUGCAAUAUACACCUUAAGGCCAUGCUUAUCAGACCGCUCAUUGCU